CCCGCGCUUUGGUUCGUGCGCCCGCGCCCCAGCGUCGGGUCUGCGUGGAUCGGCCCUUCCAGGACACCGUCGCCUUCCCGGCCGCGUCGGAGUCCGGCGGCGACCUGCCUCUGAAACAUGGCCGGCUCGGAUGCUGAGUGGGUAACCAUUGCCAAUAACCUUCUUUUUAAGUGUCAUAUACAUCUGAGAAUACAUGAACUUCAAGACUGUGAUGCUAAUGUUUUUAUUGCUCUUUAUCAGUCUAUUUUGGGAGAAAAGGUACCAGACCUCAUAGUUAUUCCUAGGAGUCAAGAAGAUGAUGCACACAAUGUACAAGCAGUAAUUGAUUCACUGGCCUUGGACUACUUGCAGGUCAGCUUGUCUCACAUAACAGGAGAAAAUAUAGUGAAAGGAGAUAAAGAAUCUAUUAAGAAUCUCCUGGAAAUAUUUGAUGGUUUGUUGGAGUAUCUUACAGAACGCAUCAGUGAAACAUCUCAUGAGAAAAGUGAAACUGAACAGUAUUUUAAAGAAUCUGAUCGAGGAGAACGUUUGGAAGAGCCAGAAAGUACUAAAGAAUCUAAAUCAUCAUGGAAAACAGUUUCUUUUGGGAGGUGCUCCUUGUCUUCUGAGAUGUUGGGCCCCUCUUGGGAUGGAGAUGAAGCAGAAUCCACUGGUGAAAUCAUUAGACUUGGAGACACAGCACACACCUUUUCUCUAAGAAGUAAUGGUGCUGAAUGUCCUAAUGAAAUGCUGUCUAAAAAAGCCUUAGCCUCACCAAGUUCUAAGUCACAUGAAGAUGCGUUGUACCCUCCUAGUGUUUUGUCCAAGAGUAGGGCAUCCUUUGUUGAAGACACGGAAACCCUUUCUGUGAGUGGGAUUCCAAAUGCUAGAAAGCUAGGGGAGCCUAUCCGAGCAGCUAUUCCUUUACAUCCACCCUACCACCCUUCAGAGUCUCGAGCACCCUGCCCCAUAGGAAAAGAAUACUUGCAUUCAAGUCACUGCUCCCCAGCCGUAAAUUCUACUGGAGAGCAUACGGAAUUUUCUGGGGAUCUAGAUGAUGGAGUUUUCUUAAUUUCCAAGUUGCCUAAAGACAGCAAAUGGGAAGUAUAUCCAGCUCAGGUCCAAGGGCCUAGGACAAGGAAGCCUCCCAAAGGAAGAAGAAAUGAAAACAGAGCUACAGCCUCAUCCUGCAAUUCACCUUUCCCCCAGAGGCCAAGAAAGAGAUUAACAGAACAAGAAUUACAUGAUGUAUCAGAAAAACUCUCUCAGCGGCUUUCUGAACUAGAUUGGAUGUUAAAAAGUGCUCUGGGUGAUCGGAUUAAAGAAAAGACUGACCAUAAAGAAGAAAAUACUGGAAAUGAGGAGGUAGAGGAUGGAACUGAGGAGACACUGUCUCAGCACAGUGAUGGCAUCGUGGAGUAUGGGCCAAAGAAGUCAAGGCCAGGACUUUCCAUGCGUAGAAAGCCACCCUACAGAUCCCAUUCGCUCUCUCCAUCUCCAGUUAACAAACACAAACAGUUCCACGUGGAGAGAAAAAGGCAGCGCAAGCCAAGAGAAACAGAUAUCCGCCAAUUCCGAGCACAGGCGUUUACUGAAGCAUUUGAAAGGGAACUAAGAAGACAUAAAGUUCAAGAGAAUAUUGGACCUCUAAGAAUACAUGAGAAGGAGGAGGAAACAGAAAAAAUAUACAGAGGAGAAGCUGUUUGUAAAGGAACUCCAGAAUGUAGUCAGCCCUGGAAGAUUUACUCUAGAAAAACCACAACUCAGAGUCUAAGAGGUGGCCUCCCAAAGCCAAAUAAAGCAGUUCCAAUGAAAGUAAGUGAACACAGUCUCCUGCCCCUUAUGCUGGAGCAGUUUCCGUUUCUUUAUGUUUCUGGCCCAACACUAAGCAAAAUGUGGAAACAGCAAAUUGCACAGGUUGAACAGCUUAAGAAAGAAGCAUGUAGAGAAAGUCGAUCAAAGAAGAAACUCCAAGAUGAAAUAGAAGAAGCCCUAAGAAGGCAUGACCUCCUUACUACCCUUGUCAAGAAAGAAUAUGAACAUAACAAGAGACUGCAAGACUUCAAGGACUGCAUUCGUAGGCAAAGGUUGACCCAAUCAAAGAUAAAAGAAAAUCGACAGCAAAUCGUUCGUGCUCGAAAAUAUUAUGAUGAUUAUAGAGUUCAGUUGUGUGCAAAAAUGAUGAGAAUGAGGACUCGGGAAGAAAUGAUAUUUAAGAAACUGUUUGAAGAAGGUUUAAACAUUCAAAAGCAAAGAUUACGAGACCUAAGAAACUAUGCCAAAGAAAAGCGAGAUGAACAAAGGAGACGCCACCAGGAUGAACUGGACUCCAUGGAGAACUACUAUAAGGACCAGUUUUCAUUGCUGGCAGAAGCCAUAUCACAGGAACAUCAAGAACUUAAAGCCAGAGAGAAAUCUCAGGCCCAGGUAAUAAUUAAGAUAGAAGCCAAGUCAUGCACUGCAUGGCAAUGUUUCUUUCAGCAAGGGACCUCGUACAUUGGUGGUUGGAGCAAUAGGCUGUAUCAUAUAGCCCCAGUGUGCAGUGGACUGUACUCUCUAGGUUUGUACAUUACAUAAGGUGAAGAGGGAGCUGAGAUCUAAGAUGGAGAAGGAAAUUCAGCAGCUGCAGGACAUGAUAACACAGAAUGAUGAUGAUGUUUUCUUCCGGGAACUGGAAGCUGAGCGCUUCAGAUCUCGGCUUCAGCUGGCUUCCUUUCAGUACAGUAAAAGUCCCUCCCUAUGAGGCCAGACUUGAUAAUAGGUGAAGGUUCUGGAGGCCUUUACCAGGACAGAGCUAGAAUCGAGCCAGUAAACAGUCUAAGCCCGAAAAAUAAUUUUCAAAUGCUUUACCUGUAUUUUCAUUCCAGUACUUUUUAUGAUUUUUUAAAUAAAAAUUGUUUUCUAAAAGCUUA